AUGCCCCCGCCAGGAUUGGCGGGUUUCCAUGGUGAGACAGAUGGAAACAUUGAAAGGGUACCAUGUUUCUGGCCCAGAUUCCCGGGUUUCCAUGGUGACACAGAUGGAAACAUUGAAAGGGUACCAUGUUUCUGGCCCAGAUUCCCGCGUUUCCAUGGUGACACAGAUGGAAACAUUGAAAGGGUACCAUGUUUCUGGCCCAGAUUACCGGGUUUCCAUGGUGCCACGGAUGGAAACAUUGAAAGGGCACAAUGUUUCUGGCCCAGAUUUGCAGGUUUCCAUGGUGAGACAGAUGGAAACAUUGAAAGGGUACCAUGUUUCUGGCCCAGAUUACCGGGUUUCCAUGGUGACACGGAUGGAAACAUUGAAAGGGCACAAUGUUUCUGGCCCAGAUUUGCAGGUUUCCAUGGUGAGACGGAAACAUUGAAAGGGUACCAUGUUUCUGGCCCAGAUUCCCGGGUUUCCAUGGUGACACAGAUGGAAACAUUGAAAGAGCACCAUGUUCCAGGCCCAGAUUUGCAGGUUUCCAUGGUGCCACAGAUGGAAAAAUUGAAAGGGCACCAUGGUCCAGGCCCGGAUUGGCAGGUUUCCAUGGUGACAAGGAUGGAAAUAUUGAAAGGGCACCAUGGUCCAGGCCCGGAUUCCCGGGUUUCCAUGGUGACACAGAUGGGGACAUUGAAAGGGCACCAUGGUCCAGGCCCGGAUUGGCAGGUUUCCAUGGUGACAAGGAUGGAAAAAUGGAAAGGGCACGUUCUGGCCCAGCUUUGCGGCCUGUGCCUGAUGCCCCCGCCUAAGACCCCGGCGCGGGAGGCAGCUGGCGGCCUCUGCCGCCUCGUCCCUCACAGCAGCAGGGGACGUGGACCAGCCUGGUCAGCAGGACACUGCUCCCACUCCGGGGCCGCUCGGACGGUGCCCGGUCCCAGAGGGGUGUCCCCAGUCUGA